AUGAGCCCUCCAAUCAAACUGUCACUCAAAGGAAAGGCGAGCACUGUCGCCAAUACCUGCAAGAUCGGUUACUACCGCGCCUUGGCCACCGACGGCUCCUGUUCCAAGUGUCCGCUCAACAGCUACUCCACCAGAGAGGGAUCCACCUCCUGCGUCUGCGACAAGGGAUACUUCCGCUCUGAAACAGACCCGGCGUCCAUGCCCUGCACCCGCCCUCCGUCGGCACCCGCCCACCUCAUCUCCAAUGUGAACGAGACCUCAGUGAACCUGGAGUGGAGCCCCCCCCGCACCACAGGGGGCCGCCAGGACUUGACGUACAACGUGGUGUGUAAGCGCUGCGGACCCGAUGGCCGCCGCUGUCAGGCGUGCGGGAACGGCGUCCACUUCAGCCCCCAGCAGCUGAGCCUGAAGGGCAACAAGGUGUCCAUCAACGAGCUGCAGGCCCACACCAACUACACCUUCGAGGUGUGGGCCGUCAACGGGGUCUCGCCUCAGAGUCCGGGCCCCGAGCAGGCCGUGUCCGUCACCGUGACCACCAACCAGGCUGCUCCUUCUCCGGUGAGUUCCAUCCAGGCGAAGGAUAUCACACGACACACCAUCUCCCUGGCCUGGCAGCCGCCGGAUCGAGCCAACGGGGUCAUCCUGGAGUACGAGGUCAAAUACUACGAGAAGGAUCAAAAUGAGAGAAGCUACAGAAUCAUAAAGACAUCGUCCAGAAACACCGACAUCAAGGGUCUCACCCCCCUCACCUCCUACGUGUUUCACGUCCGCGCUCGCACGGCGGCGGGUUACGGGGAAUUCAGCGGACCCUUCGAGUUCAUGACCAACUCCGUUCCAGCUCCCAUUAUCGGGGACGGGACCAACUCCACGGUGUUACUGGUGUCGGUGGUGGGCAGCGUGGUUCUCCUCCUCAUCCUCAUCAGCGCCUUCGUCAUCAGCCGAAGAAGGAAUAAAUACAGCAAGGCCAAGCAGGACUCUGACGAAGAGAAGCACUUACAUCAAGGAGUAAGGAUAUACGUUGACCCCUUCACCUACGAGGACCCCAACCAAGCCGUCCGAGAGUUCGCCAAGGAGAUCGACGCCUCCUGUAUCAAGAUCGAAAAAGUUAUCGGCAUCG